AUGGAACUGCUGAAUACAGAUGCACAUCUUUUUGGAUCAUAUGCUGGAGUACUCGAAGGCAUUUUUACGGGCGAAUUUUCAGGUGAAGCUCAAGGGGAACUCAUUAUUGAAAAUAAUAUCGUUUUCAAAGGCAAUUUAAAUGGAAAAAUUUCUGGUAAAUUUGUAGGAAGGCUUAUUGGAAAAGGUACAGGAGAAUUUAAAGGUCAUCUUGAAGCCGAAUUUGAAGGACAAAAGUUACAAGACUAG